AUGAAGUUCUGUCCGAACGCUGUCGCGCUGCUAAGCGUCUUUCAGGACGUCUGUCCUGUCACCAAAUCAACCUGCUGCACUGCCCUCUACAAUUCCCCGCUUUCCAACCGUCUCAUUCUUCCUGACUCCCCCCUCUACGAAGCCGCGGUGAAUAACCAUUUCGCGACAAACGCGCCUCUCUAUCCUGCUUGUCUUUUACAGCCUGAAUCUGUGGAAGAUGUCUCGCGAGCAGUCUCGCUCCUCGUCGAGACGGACGAUGGUUCCCCUCAAUGCCAGUUUGCUGUUCGAAGUGGAGGUCACGCAACGUGGGCGGGUGCAUCUGGGACUCGAGACGGAGUUACAAUCGAUUUGUCCAGGAUGAAUUCGACAAUCUACAAUGAGAAUAACUCCACUGCAUCGAUCAUGGCCGGAGCGCGAUGGGGAUCGGUUUAUAAAACACUAAAGCCAUAUGGAGUUGCGGUGACAGGAGGUCGGGAUGAUACUCUAGGUGUUGGGGGAAUUCUGAUGGGAGGAGGAUUCUCUUUCUUUGCGGCUCGGUAUGGUCUCCUGUGUGACAAUGUAGAAAACUACGAGGUUGUUCUGGCUAAUGGUGAAAUCGUCAACGCAAACCUCGAAUCAAGCCCCGACCUCUUCAGAGCGCUCAAGGGAGGAUCCAACAACUUCGGAAUUAUAACCAAGAUCGACCUCCGAACUUUUAAGCAAGGUGAUCUCUGGGGAGGAAUCAUCGCACAUGAUCUCUCAACUACUUCACAGCAAAUAUCCGCUCUUGUCAACUUCACAAACAACGUCGCCGAUGACCCUCAUGCCUCCCUCGUCAGCAUCUGGCAGUACUCCUCGACUCUAGGUAAAAUAGCUGCCAGCGGAAUGCAGUAUACAAAGCCAGUCAAGAGACCGGCUGCAUACCGCGAGUUUCUUCAAAUCCCGAGUGUUGCAAAUACCUUUCGAUUCACCGAUAUCUUCGAUCUGAUGAAAGAGACCGCACCACCCGGUGGAAAUCGUAUUCGUUUGUUAACUCUGACUUUUGGGAAUGACGAGCGGGUUUUGCGGAAGCUCCUUGAUGUUCAGGAUGAGUUGGUCGAGGAGGUCAAGGCUAAGGUACACAGUAAGGGGUGGGACGUUGUUAGUUUCUUGCAACCGCUGCCUAAGCUUAUUGGAGAGUUCAGUGAGAGGAAUGGUGGAAAUGUACUUCCGCUGAAUCGGAUGGAUAAGAACCAUCUCUUAUACCUCUCCUACAUUUCCUGGGAUGAUAGCGCCGACGAUGCCCUCUUCCGCGACACCGGCGACAGGCUAAUCAGCCGAGUCAGCGAAUACGCCAAAUCCAUCAACGAAGACAAUGGCUUCAUCUACAUGAACUACGCAGACAAAGUCCAAAAUCCACUUCGCAGCUACGGAGAAGAAAAUCUUCAACACAUACUGCGCGUGGCCAGAAAAUACGACCCAACUGGGGUAUUCCAGGUUCAGGUACCAGGGGGGUACAAAGCGAGUGCGGCAUGA